UGCCGGGAGCCACGUCUCCGAGGGCCGAUAGUUGCUUCGGGAUUGGCGUCCGGGCGGCUAUCUAGGGGCUGCUGGGAAGAUGGCGGACUCGGUGGCCAGCCGAUGAGGAGGCCGCGGGGGGAACCUGGCCCCCGGGCCCCGAGACCGACUGAGGGAGCGACCUGCGCAGGGCCCGGGGAGUCAUGUAGGGGUGGCGCCUGCGGGGAGGGCUGCGGGAGGGCAGCGGGAGCUGGUGUUAGCGGCAGCGGCCACGGUCUCCUGGCGUCCCUGGGCCGGGGUGGGUGUGGGGGCCCCCGACUUCGCCGACUCCGCGCCAUCGCAAAGCGGUGCACUCGGGCUCCACGCGCGCCCUGCGAGGUGGGCGCUGCGUUUUCAUUUCACGGGUGAGGAGACUUAGAGAGACGAAGCCACUUGUCCAAGGUCACGCCGCUGGUGAGUGGGAGCGCCCAGCAUGGAACCCAGCACCGUCCAGCCGCGGAACCCGCGUUCCACCCUCUGCCGCCGCCGCCUCCUGCGGGAGAGGGAGGUGGUCGGGAGAGUGCACGCCGGUGCCGCCUGGGGUCCAGACUGGGCGCGACCACUAACCCGGUUAAUGACCUCGGGCUUAACUUAACCCCUUCGCUGCUCUGGGCCUGCGUUUCUCCACCGGUGAAAUGAGGGUCUCCAUCACCCAACUCCAUGCUUCGAGUCCUGCUCUCUGCUCAGACCUCCCCUGCUCGGCUGUCUGGUCUGCUGCUGAUCCCUCCAGUACAGCCCUGCUGUUUGGGGCCCAGCAAAUGGGGGGACCGGCCUCUUGGAGGAGGCCCCAGUGCAGGUCCUGUGCAAGGACUGCAGCGGCUUCUGGAACAGGCGAAGAGCCCCGGGGAGCUGCUGCGCUGGCUGGGCCAGAACCCCACCAAGGUGCGCGCCCACCACUACUCGGUGGCGCUUCGUCGUCUGGGCCAGCUCUUGGGGUCUCGGCCACGGCCCCCUCCUGUGGAGCAGGCCACACUGCAGGACUUGAGUCAGCUCAUCAUCCGAAACUGUCCCUCCUUUGACAUUCACACCAUCCACGUGUGUCUGCACCUUGCAGUCUUACUUGGCUUUCCAUCUGAUGGUCGCCUGGUGUGUGCCCUGGAACAGGAGCGAAGGCUCCGCCUCCCUCCGAAGCCACCUCCCCCUUUGCAGCCCCUUCUCCGAGGUGGGCAAGGGUUGGAAGCUGCUCUAAGCUGCCCCCGUUUUCUGCGGUAUCCACGGCAGCAUCUGAUCAGCAGCCUGGCAGAGGCAAGGCCAGAGGAACUGACUCCCCACGUGAUGGUGCUCCUGGCCCAGCACCUGGCCCGGCACCGGUUGCGGGAGCCCCAGCUUCUGGAAGCCAUUGCCCACUUCCUGGUGGUUCAGGAAACCCAGCUCAGCAGCAAGGUGGUACAGAAGUUGGUCCUGCCCUUUGGGCGGCUGAACUACCUGCCCCUGGAACAGCAGUUUAUGCCCUGCCUUGAGAGGAUCCUGGCUCGGGAAGCAGGGGUGGCACCCCUGGCUACAGUCAACAUCUUGAUGUCACUGUGCCAACUGCGGUGCCUGCCCUUCAGAGCCCUGCACUUUGUUUUUUCCCCUGGCUUCAUCAACUACAUCAGUGGCACCCCUCAUGCUCUGAUUGUGCGUCGCUACCUCUCCCUGCUGGACACGGCCGUGGAGCUGGAGCUCCCAGGAUACCGGGGUCCCCGCCUUCCCCGAAGGCAGCAAGUGCCCAUCUUUCCCCAGCCUCUCAUCACCGACCGUGCCCGCUGCAAGUACAGUCACAAGGACAUAGUAGCUGAGGGGUUGCGCCAGCUGCUGGGGGAGGAGAAAUACCGCCAGGACCUGACUGUGCCUCCAGGCUACUGCACAGACUUCCUGCUGUGCGUCAGCAGCUCUGGUGCUGUGCUUCCCGUGAGGACCCAGGACCCCUUUCUGCCAUACCCACCAAGGUCCUGCCCACAGGGCCAGGCUGCCUCUAGCCCCACUACUCGAGACCCUGCCCAGAGGGUGGUGCUGGUGUUGCGGGAACGCUGGCAUUUCUGCCGGGACGGCAGGGUGCUGCUGGGCUCGAGGGCCCUGAGGGAGCGGCACCUAGGCCUGAUGGGCUACCAGCUCCUGCCGCUACCCUUCGAGGAACUGGAGUCCCAGAGAGGCCUGCCCCAGCUCAAGAGCUACCUGAGGCAGAAGCUCCAGGGCCUGGGCCUGCGCUGGGGGCCCGAAGGGGGCUGAGGGGAUGAUGUGGGGUUCAGGAUGGCCCCCCCAUGGGGGGUGGAUGAUUUGCACUUUGGUUCCCUAUGUUUUGAUUUCUCAUUAAAGUUCCUUUCCUUCCCCGU